UGGACCCUGCCUGCCUCGCAACUAAAACUCCACUUGCUGGCAGCAUCUUCGGGCCCAAGGAUUUUCUUGGUUCCCCAGAAAUUCAUAAGUAUUCUCCGUUUCCCCUAGUUUUUACUUCUUGUCCUCCUCAGCACUCUGGGGCCUCUCCGUAGCUUCAACGAUAUUUUAGGACAACAUAUCAGAUCGUCGAACCGACCACAUGCACAAUGUUGGGCAUCGGCAAGAACGAUCGUCCUGCCACGGGAAUUGAAUCUGGUUCCGAUAUACAGAAUGAUCGAGCGGAGGAAAAUCUGAAGUCUCGAUGGGAACGAUUGUGGCCUGUAAUGGCUUGCGGCGCCGGUCUCUUCUCAGACGGUUAUAUCAACAACGUCAUCGGAUCCGUUUCUACCAUGCUGGGCAAAAUAUAUGGAACAGAAUACACUGGAUCGAGCUCACAAAAGAACAUCUCUGCAAUCACCUUCGCAGGUACAGUCUUUGGACAGCUCGUUUUCGGAUAUACCAGUGAUAAAUGGUCGCGAUCGAACAGCCUUCUCCUCUCCACAGUCAUACUCAUCGUCUUUGCCGCCCUCGGUGCUGGAUCCUACGGAGCCGGUGGUAGCAUUCAAGGCAUGUUCGCUGCCCUCACCGCAUAUCGAUUCCUUGUCGGGAUAGGAAUUGGGGGAGAAUAUCCUGCCGGAUCAGUUGCGUGCUCCGAGGCUUCAGGCGAACUGAAGAGUGGGACACGAAAUCGUUGGUUCAUUCUGUUCACGAAUGUGAUGAUUGACUGGGGCUUUGUGAUUGGUGCUUUUGUUCCGUACCUGUUAGUUGUGAUCUGCACUGAGCAACACUUGCGUGCGGCAUGGAGGAUUUCCUUGGGCCUUGGUGUCGUGCCGCCGUUAAUGCUCUUAUGGUUGCGAAUCAAGCUUCAAGAGCCCGAGGAGUUCAAAAAGGAGAGUAUGAAAUACGUCAAGAUCCCAUAUUGGUUGGUGAUCAAGUACUACUGGAAGAGACUCCUCGCCGUCUCCGCAAUCUGGUUUCUGUACGACUUCAGCACAUAUUCUUUCGGCAUAUUUUCCUCGACCAUUCUCACCAAUGUCAUGGCUAAAGAUGCUCCUCUUUCCCAAUCCUUCGGCUGGAAUACGGUCAUAAAUUUGUUCUAUGUUCCCGGCGCAAUGUUCGGGUCGAUCUUGUCCGACUGGAUUGGACCAAGAUAUGCUCUCGCUGGAGGUGUGCUCGCCCAGGCAAUCGUUGGCUUCAUCAUGGCUGGGCUUUAUCCCCACUUAGCAAAACCAGAAAACGUAGCAGGCUUCGCAGUCGUCUAUGGCAUCUUCCUCUCACUUGGAGAGGUAGGACCCGGUGAUAACAUUGGCCUUGUUGCCUCCAAAACAUGCGCUACUGGCGUUCGAGGCCAAUAUUAUGCUAUAGCAGCGGCUAUGGGCAAAAUUGGAGCCUUCGUUGGCACGUACAUCUUCCCAUAUAUCGAAAAGGCUGGUGGCAGCAACACCAAUACCAGCGCUCAAUAUCCAUUCUAUGUUUCAAGUAGUUUCUGCGUCUUGAUGGCAUUCAUCGUCCUCUUCUGCCUUCCGCAUAUUGGGCAAGAUACAAUCAAGAAAGAGGAUAUUGACUUUAGGCACUAUCUUGAGACACAAGGCUGGGACGUCAGACAGCUGGGUUUAUUGCAAGGAGAGACCGUUGAAAGCAGAGCGACGGCCCCAGCAGCUUUGGUGGAGAACGAGGCAGAAAAGAAGGAAUAAGUGCCUCGAUCUUGGGACUUUUUCAUUUGCAAGGAAUGAUGAACACCCCCCUCUUAAUGAAUAUGAGAUUUCAAAUACAAAAAUUCUUUAGAAGAGUUAGCCUUCAAUUUUGCUAUCCAGCUAAUGAAGUCGCUAGUUUCAGAGAGGCUUGGCGUGUAAUGGAGCAGAUUUACGCAAACCCAGUUUUCAUGUCAUGGGUCAUUAUACCAGUGACAUAUGUACAAAGGAUAUAGCAAUUGGGAUGCUGUGGGAUAACAUUUU